GGCUCGAAGCGUAGGCGCCUUAAGAGGUAUAAGGACGCAGCCUGGAGCCCGGUGAGUUGUUUCCUCAUCGCGACACAGACAGCCGAACAAACAUGGCCGAAAAGCUAUUGCUUUUGGCGCCGGUGGUGCUCCUGGCGCUGCUAGUAGGCGUUGAUGCCCAACGAUACUCUAAUUAUUACGCCCGAAACUACCUUGGUCGCGAUCUGUACGAGCAUGGUCGCUCGAUAUCCGAUAACUUGGUAACCUGUGGCCCCCACACUUGCGGAGUCGGUGCUCAUUGCAUCCAUGGUAGCGUUCGCCCUGUCUGCGCCUGUCUGCCGAGCUACUCCGGAGAUCCUUUGUCCCAGUGCAUCAAGAUUGAAUGCGUCGACAACAGCGAGUGCCGCAGCCACCAGACCUGCGUGAACCAGCACUGCGUCAACCCUUGUGAAGGCACCUGUGGUGUCAACGCUAAUUGCGACGUCCGCAACCACGUUCCUGUGUGCACCUGCCCCGCGGGCUACACCGGCAACCCAUUCUCCUCUUGCAGAAUUGCUGACCCAGAGGAAGCUUGCCACCCAUCCCCUUGUGGACCCAACACUAAAUGCCACGUUGCAAACAACCAGGCCAUCUGCACUUGUCUACCUGGAUACAGGGGCAGUCCUCUAACGGGAUGCCGUCACGAGUGCGAGUCGGACGGCGAGUGCGGCGCCCAGCAGUCGUGCCGCGACUUCAAGUGCAUCAGCCCGUGCGGCGACUGCGGCGUCAAUGCUGACUGCGAGACUGUUGCCGCCCACCGCGCUAUCUGCAAGUGCCCAAGGGGCUACCACGGCGAUCCUUACAAAAUCUGCAGCGCCGAGUGCGAGUCGGACAGCGAGUGUCCGAGCUACAAGCCCGCGUGUGUGUACAACGCGUGCGUGGAUCCGUGCGUCGGCGCGUGCGGUGUCAAUGCCGAGUGCCACCUCCGCGGCCUGACCCCAGUCUGCUCCUGCCCCAGGAACAUGACCGGUGAUCCCUUCUCCUUCUGCAGGCCUUUUGAAGCCCGUGACCUGUGCGAACCUAACCCUUGCGGCGCGAACGCCAAGUGCACGCCCGGACACGACCGCACCGGCGCCGAGCGCCCCGUCUGCACCUGCCCAACUGGAUACAUCGGCAACGCGCUCGUCUCUUGUGAACGCGGUGAAUGUGAGUUGGACUCCCAGUGCCCCGACCAUCUUGCGUGUGUCGGCUACCGGUGCGUCGACCCGUGCCUCGGCAACACUCAGUGCGGCUCCGGCGCCGUGUGUAUGGCCAGGCGGCACUUAGCUGUCUGCACUUGCCCUUCAGGACGCAAUGGCGACGCGCUGGUUAACUGCUACGAAUCUCAAUCGGUAGUCGCCUCAGCACGUUACUACAGAUUCAAGAGAAACGGCAACUUCACCGAGCCUGAACCAGAGGUCGUUGUACCCGCUGAGCAACCGUCCACUGUCCUUCCUCCGGCAAAAGCAGCCGCAGACAAAAAGGAAUAAAUCGAUACUAAACGAUUAACGAUUCUUGAUUGUUGAUUAUCGAUUACUGAAAACUUCAGUGUUAUUUUUUAUUUUAUGACUAGAUCUAUCACUUAUAUAUAAAAUAAUAGAUAUCCCUUUAUUUUAAAAUAUGUGGAUACUAUUCAAAUUUGUUUUCUGCUGGUUAGAUAUAAGAGUUAAAAAUUAUUAACCACAGAAGACGCUUAUGUGUUCUCUCUAUUUUAUGAGCGCUUAGAGAAAGAGAUGAAGCAAAAUAUGUUAUAGUCAUAGUCAUUAAAAAGAAAAUAUACACAAAAAAUACGGAUUGAUUACUUUGAUAUACUUUCGAUUAAUGUUGAUACGAAUUAAUAAAAUAUUUUGAAUUGA